AUGGCGGAUCGGGUUAAAGGUCCGUGGAGCCAAGAAGAAGACGAGCAGCUACGGAGAAUGGUGGAGAAAUACGGACCGAGGAACUGGUCGGCGAUUAGCAAGUCGAUUCCAGGUCGAUCUGGCAAAUCGUGUCGAUUACGGUGGUGCAAUCAGUUAUCUCCGGAGGUUGAGCACCGUCCGUUCUCGCCUGAGGAAGACAAUACAAUCAUCUCCGCUCGUGCAAAGUUCGGCAACAAAUGGGCCACAAUCGCUCGUCUUCUCAACGGACGCACGGACAACGCCGUGAAGAAUCACUGGAACUCGACGCUAAAGCGAAAAUGCGUAGAAGGGGGAGGAGAUUCUAAUCUCAUUGCGACGGAGAACGAUCGGCAGAAGAGGAGGAGAUCGGUGAGCGCUGAAUCUGCUCCUCUGGUGGACACUGGGUUGUUGUUCAUGAACCCUGAGAGUCCCACCGGAGUAAGUGACUCCAGCACGAUUCCAUCUCCGCCGUCUCAGUUUUUGAAGCCAAUGCCGGUUUCCGGCGGAUUCACGCUGCCGUCACCGGUGGAAAUGUCUUCGUCGGAGGAGGAUCCGGAAACGUCGUUGAGCCUGUCACUGUUACUUCCCGGAGCUGAGGUCGGUCAGGAGUUGAAGAACACGGGUUUGAGCAACAAUGCGUUGCUGUUUCCGCGGUUUAAGAGUCAGAUGAAGAUUAAUGUAAUGGAGAGUGAAGAAGGACGUCGAGAUGAGUUUAUGAGGGUGGUGCAGGAGAUGAUUAAGGUGGAAGUGAGGAGUUACAUGUCUGAGAUUCAGAAAAAUGGUGUUGGCGGGUUAGUUGUCGGAGGUUUGUAUGAAUCUCUUAACGGAGGUGUCAUGGAUAGUGGAAUAGUACCCAAGGUCGAGUAG